AUUUGGUUUGCUGGGCGGGGAGCUGCUCCCCUGAGCUGCUAGUAAAUUCAGUCAGGGAGCUGAGGAGGUGCAAUCUACGACUCCCCUCUCUCUCUGGACCGACCUGGAGAACAGAGAACAGCAGCAGAAGAGCUCACGAGUUCUGUCUGUCUGAGUGGCUGAUGGUAAAAAUCUGAGGAAGUGACUCCCAAAAGAAAAUAAAGAAAAGAGCCAUCACCCUUCUCUCAUCGCCCACUACAUCUCCCACCAUGGCUAUAGUCCUCCACUCCAGCCCUCUCCUAUGGACACGGUUGGCAGCCCUGGUCUUCUCCUGUGUGGCCUUCUCUGUGGCCGUGCAUGGUGGCAGACUGUACCAUGGCACCGGAGACUGGUGCAUCUUCUGCUGGGCCUUCAGCUUCGCCGGAACAGUGCUCAUCAUCCUGGUGGAGCUGUUCGGCCUUCAGACCAGAGCCCCCGUCUCGUGGAAGAACUUCCCUAUCACGUUCGCCUGCUACGCUGCCCUGCUCUGCCUGUCCGCCUCCAUCAUCUUCCCCCUCUACUUCCUCAAGGGGUCCUCAGGCCCGAGUGAGGUCCGUAACUACCGCAUCGUGUCAACUGUCUUCUCCUGCCUGGCCACCAUCGCUUACAUAAGCGAGGUGAGCAUCAGUAAGGCGCGUCCAGGCGAGGUGGCCGGCUACAUGGCCACAGCCCCAGGCCUGCUGAAAGUCUGCGAGACCUUUGUGGCCUGCAUCAUCUUUGUCUUCAUCAGCGACCCCGUGCUCUACGACCGUCACGAUGCACUCAAGUACUGCAUGUCCGUCUACUGCAUCUGCUUCAUCCUAUCAGCAGCCAUCAUCCUGCUCUGCAUAGGCGAGUGCACCGGCUGCCUCCCUUUCCCGUUUGCCCGCUUCCUGUCUGCCUAUGCUCUGCUGGCUGUGGUCCUCUAUCUGUCAGCGACCAUCAUCUGGCCCAUCUUCAACUUUGACUCCAAGCACGGCGGAACAAAACAAAGGCCGUCCAGUUGCAGCAGCACCCAGGGGCUGUGUGUGUGGGAUAAGCUCAUGGCGGUGGCUGUGCUCACCGCUCUGAACUUCCUCCUCUACCUGGCCGACCUGAUCUACUCCACACGCCUGGUGUUUGUCAGUGCUUGAGGGAAGAGGACGGAUGUUAGGCCAGCAGUAUGCUCCAAAUAAAAUUCAAUGUGGCAUGUUUUUAAAGGCUGUCAAACUGGUGCCAAAUACGGUGUUGUGAGCAGAUGCGGGUGUACUCACUGUGUCUGUUUGUUUAAUGGUGUCCACACCGGUCUGAGGAGCCUGUCUGUUGUGAUUAUGGUCACUCUGUUUGAAAUUUCCUCUGAAAAUAAGAUUGUAAUUUUUUUUUUUGCUAUAGUUCUGGUAGAUCAAAAUAGUAAGAAUACAAUAAGAGGCCAUUUUCAGGCCUUUUCAAAGUCCAUCCAGCCAACCCGAAUCAUCAAAUCCAACUUAUGCUUUUUUAGGUCCCAAACCUGCCAGAUUUGAUUUUGUGUGAAGUAUACUGCCAGCCUUAGGACCUUAGAGAGAGAGAAGGGGGAGAGAAGAGGAAGAGGUUGAGGUCAAUGGCUAUGUUUACACGUACAACAAUAUUCCCUUAAAUUAGUGAGGCCCCACGUGUUGGAGCAUGUAAAUGUCAAACAUUGCUUCCAGUGACCUGUAUAGACUCUUAUCUUGAUUAUGAGAGACCUGAAUGUGAUUGCUGGAACAUGCUGAUAUAAGCCAAAAAUGUCAAAGUCCUGUGCCCAUCAUAAGACUUAAAAUACGCAAUUAUUUCAUGUAUACAGGGAUGUUUGGGAUGUCUGGAUAUGAGUAAGCUUUUAACAGAAUCUCCCGAACAUGACUCUGACAAAGAUACAAGCUAAACCCAGAAUACAGUGUGCAUGUAAACAUAGUCCGUGAUGACACAUGAUGAAAAACCAAAGUAAAUGGCGGCUUAUUAUAAUGUUUUUGUAUGAUUUUUUUUUUUGCAUAAUGUAUAUGUCAAUGCUCUGCCUUAAGUUUGUUUUAAAUUUGAUUCCACUUAUAAAAAAAACUGCCGAGCAGCACUUCUCUUAACUGCUAAUGGAUGAAAUAUAGAAAAAAGAAAAAUUCAAUAUUAGCAACCCAAGAAAGUUCAAAGAAAGUUUUUUUUUUUUGAUGGUUUCAUUAGUAAUUGAUUGUUUCGGUUUCCCGAAACCAAUUCGCAGUGCAGCUGUUUGGGUUGUGUCCUUCAUCAGUAUUUUUUACUCGGCUCCAAUGUUUUGAGACUUGAAGUAGUGCAAAAAUUGUUUAGGUGAUAUUAAGAUGAAUGCUAUAGGCUAGCUUUCUGCUCCUGUUAUGAGAUAUUUGUAUCUGUAUCUGCAAGCUACAAUCAUAUAGCAAGAAUAUAUAUGUGGAAAGAACAUAAGCAAGAUGGUGGAUUUAAAAAACAAGUAUGGUUAAAGUGCACUUAAUAUUAGUAUUUCCUGUGUGUUUAAAGUCUUGGUGUCCCUGGAUAUCAAAGCAUCUAUUAACACAAAACUCACACCACUUAAUUUACACACUUUGUUGAUUGGGUCUAUUGGUUUUGUACUGCUGUAAAAAAAGAAAAAAAAAGAAAAAAAAGAUCUGAGAAAGAGACCAAAGAAGAUGGGUCUCUCUCUCUCUCUAGAUGUUGUUAUAUUCUCUAACUUUUUUAUAUUUCACUGUUCAUGUUUUAAGUGUGCUUACCACAUCGGUGUUUUAGGAAAGGAUAACCCAGGGUUUCAAUAAAACCACAUGGUAAACAGA